AUGAUUUCUCCAAUGAUUCAAAAAGAUAUUGUGAGUGCAUGUAAAAUAGAGACCGUUAAAGCUAUUCUUGAGGAAUUAAAUGGUGAUUACUUUGCCUUGCUAGUUGAUGAAUCAUUUGAUGUGUCAUGCAAAAUGGCUAUUGUAUUUCGAUAUAUUGAUAGAAAGAGAUUUGUGAUGGAGCGACUUAUUGACAUUGUUCAUGUCCAAGAUACUAGUGCUUCAUCUCUAAAGGAGGCAAUUGUUAAUUUACUUGCUCAACAUUCUUUGAUUCCAUCAAGUGUGCGUGGACAAUAUUAUGAUGGGGCAAGCAAUAUGCAAGAGGCAUUAGAUAUGGGUGAACUUACAACAAGUAGGGGAUUGAAUCAACAACUUGGUCUUUCAAGAGCUUGUGACACUCGUUGGGGAUCUCAUUAUAAAUCCUUUAAUAAUUUUAUUAUUAUGUUUGGCUCUAUUCUUGAUGUUCUUGAAUCACUUGCUCUUGAUGCACGAAAUUUGAAUGAAAGAGCUAAGGCAAUGGGAUAUCUUGAAGCUUUCCGAACAUAUGAGGUUGCGUUCAUUUGCAUUUGA